AUGCUUCUUCCCGCAGUUCUUGCUGCGCUUGCAGCCGCCUCAGUCGCUACAGCUCAAAAUGUUACAUCGUCUCUCACCAGCUGCACCACGAGCUUCGGCAUGUCGCCCAUAACCACAGGCACGGUACCAACCUCUGUGGCCUGGCCCUUUCAAACGACCAUGAAUGUCAUCAACAUUACAUCCACAAGCUGCUCGACCGUAUUCGCCACUCGAUCUGCCUCGACCAUUACAGAUAUCAUGAUGACGACCAUGACCGUGGCAGUAACGACAACAUCUGUACCAUCUCCAACAACCGUCGCCACACCUGCUGGCUUCUUGCCACUCCUCGUCUUCAACCCCGCUGGCCCCACUGCUACAGGUGCCAUCUCGCGCUUCAAGCGCUUCGAACUCGAAGGCCGCGAUGCUUUUGACGCCCUGCAGAUUCUCAAGCGCCAGGCCCAGACUCCCAGGAACAACACCGCCGGCUUCGCGGUCGACAGGAACGGCCAUACUACGAACCUCCGUCGAAGGUACCCUCAGCGCGUCGACUGUGAUGUUGUCGUUAACAUCAGGAGCACAAGCACGAGGAUCAUUGCUGGGCCUGUCGAGACUGUGUGGGCGAGUGGAGGCCCGAUGGCGACAGCGAUGAGUACCAGCACGGUUAUGACGACGACAACUUUCACAGCUGUCAUGCCCAGACGCACGAUUUAUGCUGCGUGUCAGUCGAACAAUAUUGUAAACUCAAUCCAAGGAGCGACCGGCGAGACGCUGAUUUUCGACCGCGUGAUCUACCGCCCAGCUGAAGGCUUCCCAAUUUCGAACGAACUCAUUACCGACACGGACGAUGCGGAAGGAUGCUGUAUCGCGUGCCAGAGAACUCCCUACUGUGCCGGCUCCUUCUUCGUCCCCUCCCUCUCCGAAUGCCACCUGCGCCUCACCCAGGCACCCACACACUCCAAUACCACCCUCACCGCACCCCGACUCCUCUCCCUCCCCUACAACGCCACCUACCCAAUCCUCAACUCCACCAACCCAAUCGCCAUGCCAAUGCCCAUCGCCACAGGUACAUCUCCAUCUACGCCUCUCAGCACCGCAGCGCCAACGUGUGGCAAGGGCAGUUUGAGCCUCUACCUGGGCACUAUCCAGGGCCAGACGGACUUCCCGAUUGAGUACGCGCUGGCGAUGAGUAAUGGGCCUUGUGGCCGGUUUACUGUGUGGCCGGUGCCAGUGAAUGAGAGUCUGGAUACAAGACUGGUGGAUCCGCCGAUGGGGAAGAGGAGUGUUAGAUUGACUUUGUGA